AUGAAAUUGUUUACAUUUAAAAAGACGUCCCUGCCCACCAAACAGCGCGGUGCAGCAAGCUUGCUUCCGUGCCUCAUCAUUAGCUACACAGUCCAUGCAGCAAUAAAGGCCGAACCGAAGAUUUAUCGUGAAGCUGUGUGCAUUCUUCAAGGCAUAAACGUAACUGGAACCAUCUACUUCAAGCAGGAAUCCUUGAACGGUCCAACACGAAUUUUUGGCGAAGUUGCUGGCUUAGUACCCGGAAGUCACGGCAUGCACAUCCACGAAUUUGGUAACAUGCUGAAUGCAUGUGAACUCUUGGGUGGGCAUUACAACCCGCUGAAGAAGAACCAUGGAUAUCCUAAUGUAAGCGUAACUAUAUUUAUCGCUGCGCUGGACACAAGAAACCGGCACAUUGGUGACUUAGGAAAUAUCGAAGUCAAUAGAACAGGAAUCGGCGAAGUGAACUCGAUGAACAAUUUGGUGUCGUUGGGUGGUCCAUAUUCUGUCAUUGGUCGAUCAUUCGAUAUACACGAAAAUGAAGACGAUCUUGGUAAUGACGGCAACGCGCAGAGGCUGAAGAACGGAAACGGCAGCGCAGACAGCGUUGCUUGCUGUGUCAUCGGACUGAAGCAACCGAAAUGA